UGUUAAUUAUCUAAGCUAUGGAAUUCUCUGGAGACUUCCAGAAAAUCGUAUUUAGCAUAUAAUAAAUGUGAGGUUAAAGCAUUUGAUCUGUUAGUUUAUUUUGUUGUUGCCGCUAAUUGCAUCAUUUAUUUAGAAAUCGUGCGAUUUCGCUAGUUUUAACAAGAAUUUAAUCCCAAAUCCAGCAACGAUUCGAACAGUGACAAUGCCCGGAGUUCCGCAAAAACCCGACAAUCAGGUUGCUCUUGUCCCUGAGUCCAAUGAUGUCAGGCAGCCAAGGCAACCAUCCAAUUUGCAGGGUCUCCUUCGCUUUGCCAUGGAGGCCAGCGAUGGACCUAGCAGCGAUUAUCAACCAGCACCUCUCGAUCCUGAGAGGAAAGAGUUUUUGGAGAAUGCUCUGAAAUCCAUGACGGUGAAUGUCACAGCGUUGUUGAGAUCUCAGAUUGAGAUUCUGAAGGAUGUGGAGAACAUCUCUGAAUCUGAUGUGCCUGCUAAACUUGCUGCAUUCGAGACUAUAUUGGAAUAUGUGUCUGAUAUUGAUAUGGCUAAUGAUUUUCACAAAAUCGAGGGUUUCCUCAUUUUUGAGCCUUGCCUGAAGUCAGAACAUGAAGCCAUCAGAGUGAAUGCCUGUGAUCUCAUUGCUGAACUUGCUCAGAACAAUCCUUAUAUACAGAAUGUCAUCUGUACUUGCACAAAUCUGAUGCCCACCUUGCUGAAUCUUAUUGCUAAUGAUAUUUCAGAGCAGGUGCAGGUGAAGGCUAUUUAUGCUGUCAGUUGUAUUUCAAGGGAUAGUAUGGUUGGUUACAAGAACUUCUUGCACCACAAAGGACUGGAAAUACUUAAAACUGCCUUGAACAAGGACCACGACAAAAUCAGGACCAAAAUUACCUUCCUCUUGUCAGCUUUAAUUCACUUGGACAAAUACCUCACUACAAGUCUACUGGAAGCAGAUUUUCCUUCAGUACUUGUACGUUUAAUUGAUGGCGACUGGAAACCGUGCCAGGAGCACAUUCUAUCCCUUCUGCAUAUGAUCGUGAAGGGCGACGAACUGGUGAAGAGUGAGUUGCGUAAGGAUAAAUACAAGCUGAAGGAUACGCUCUCGCAACAUCUGCAAUUGAUCAAGAACAAAGACGAGUGCAGAGAAGAACAGUUCUACUGCGAGAAGAUACUGAAAAUCGUUUUUAAAUAGUACACCUUUAUAUUCGAAAUAUAAUUUUAUUAUUUCCACAUUUAUAUUUUACAUCAUAUGAAGUUAUAUUUAUUUUUUUUUUGUCUUUAUUCAUAUAUUCUUUUUCUAUGUUGCAUUUAGGCUGUUUCUCAUUAUUAUGAUAAUGUCUAGUGCUGA